UACGUGCAAAAUGGCUGCACAGGUCGAUGUGCUGCGCGUCAAAGUAGAGGAGAAGAGCAGGGACAGCUUUGACAAAGCCACCAAAGAGAAGAAAAAGAAGAAAAAGCGCGAGUGUUCGCCGUCCGACAACAAGCGGGAGAGAUCGGAGAAGGAAGCGAAGAAAAUAAAGCUACAUCACCAUCAACACGCUCCCCAACAUGCCCAACAACGAGCGCAUCCACCGCACCAACAACACAACAGCCAAGCGCGCAACUUCAGCAACAAGGAGCAAGCACCUGUGCAACAUCGCCAUCAUGACCACCAUCAAAACCAUCACGCACCCAAGAAGGAGUUGCCCCCCGGCUGGCCGCCUCGUAAAGUGACACCAACAGCUCACGUCCCGCAGAGGACAUCGGUGGCCGCGGUCCUGCCGCCUUCCCCGCUCUUCACUUUCACGCCGCUGAAAGUAGCGAAGGCCAAGCCCAUCAAUAACAAACCCAAACACAUCGAGAAGGACGUGAAACUUAAACCCAAGAAGGAAAACGCCGAGGCGAACGUUAAAGUGGGGGAAUGCAAGAUAAAGAAAGAGCCCUAUAGUGAAAAUGGCAAAAAGCAGACCCUGGAGGAAUACCUCCUCAAGAAAAAGAAAAAGAAGAAGCGCCACCGUGAAGACGAGCGUGGUAAAAAGUUGCGCUUGCACAAUAAAGAGGUUCAGACGGUGUGUGCGGGACUGACAGGAGGCCCUCCAACUUCUGAAGACCCUGCUGUGCUUGCGUACAUCAAAGACGAAAAGCAAUGUCACACAAGCCCUGGCUUUGGUGAGUACCAGACUCCCAAAGGCAUCGAGAAGCCCUUCCUCUCGCACCAUGACCAUUUCAUACGCAGCUCGUGGCUACAGACCAACUCCUCCUUCAGUAGACUCAUACAUGAGGAGAAGCAGCCCAACGGAGGGGCUUCGAUACUACAUGCUUAUGCAGAUGAACUGUCCUUACUGGGGCCUGGGGAUACUGAAAAGUUUGCCCAGGAGUUUUUGGAUCUCGCUUUUGAUGAAAACCCUAAAGGAGCAGCGCGUUAUGCCCUCGCUGUGGUGCACGGAGCAGCUGCCUACAUGCCGGAUUUCUUGGACUACUUUGCAUUCAAUUUUCCCAAUACGCCGGUCAAAGUGGAGCUCCUUGGCAAGAAGGACAUUGAGACCACCACGAUCGCUAAUUUUCACUCCCAGGUGAGUCGAACAUACUGCUCCGGGACGUACAGAGCGGGUCCCAUGAGACAGAUCAGUCUGGUCGGUGCAGUAGACGAGGAAGUGGGCGAUUAUUUCCCAGAGUUCUUGGACAUGCUUGAGGAAUCUCCAUUUCUAAAGAUGACUUUACCAUGGGGCACUCUGUCCAGUCUAAAGCUUGACUGUAGGUCCCAAAGUGAUGAUGGUCCCAUUAUGUGGGUGAGGCCUGGAGAGCAAAUGGUUCCCACGGCUGAUAUGCCCAAAUCUCCAUUCAAAAGGCGAAGAUCUAUGAAUGAGAUCAAGAACUUGCAUUACUUACCGAGAGCCAGUGAACCACGUGAGGUCCUGUUUGAGGAUCGGACGAGAGCCCACGCUGAUCACGUCGGCCAGAGUUUUGACUGGCAGAGUACAGCAGCUGUGGGUGUCCUGAAAGCGGUGCAGUUUGGCGAAUGGAGUGACCAGCCACGGGUAACCAAAGAUGUGGUCUGUUUUCACGCCGAGGACUUCAAUGAUGUCGUUCAAAGGCUUCAGCUUGACCUCUAUGAGCCACCGGUGUCACAGUGUGUGCAGUGGGUGGACGAUGCAAAACUCAACCAGUUGCGUAGAGAAGGCAUCCGCUACGUUCGCAUGCAGCUCUGCGAUGAUGACAUCUACUUCAUCCCCCGUAACGUCAUACACCAGUUCAAAACGGUCUCGGCCGUGUGCAGCCUCGCGUGGCACAUCCGCCUAAAGCAGUACCACACUGAGGAGGUGAAGUCGGAGGAGGUUAACGCAACUGACCUGUGCUCCACAUCCUUUCCUUCCCAAUCAUCUUCCUCUCCCGUUCACCUCGACACCAAAGUCACCUCCUGCUCUCGGCUACAAGCGGACGCCGCUCAAGGUGGCGUCGCCAAAAUGGACGAGCUGGUUUUCCAGCGGCCCGCAAAGCCGCCUAGAGAGCUGCAGCCCGCCCCUCCUCAGCCAACUAAAUCGGCCCACGCUCCCUGUUCGGAGGUCAGUCCCGUUCCCCUUUCCCCUCCCACACCAGAGCCAAUGCUUCCACGGGCUCCCACCGAGCCUCUGCCCGAUUCCUCGUUCAGCAUCAGGGACGCCAGUGCCCAGUGCAGGUCCACAGGUUUCCCAAAAUGACUUCCAAUUGCGAUGAGGGUUGGAAAUCGAUUUAGCCCGACAGACUUGACUGACAUUCCACAGUGUAAAAAAAAGGAAUAUGCUAACUUUUCCUAAAAUGAUGAAGACUGUAUAUUUUUCUUUUUUAAAUUUUGGUUCAGAAAUGACCCGGCGAGUACUUUUUAGGUUUUUCUCAGCCAAAGUAUUUAAUUUGAAAUAUAUUUUUGCUGAUUACUCAGUAUUGUUUUAUAUUUGUUUAUAUAUUAUAUGAUUGAGAUGACUUAUCUCACCAGAGACUUUUCAUGUUGUUUCCUGGGCUGUCGUGUAUCGCGUUGAUCUGCUAAUUGGUUUUUACAAAAAAAGUGCCUGUCACAAGUGAAAAACAGCAAUCAUAUCUUAAAGAGAAAAAUAGUCUUAUUUUUUCCAACCUCUCACUAUGAAGUAUGUGAAGUAUUUAAGCUAGACAAGAGAGAUUUGCUUUUUCAUCCUUUGGUUUUUGAUUAUACCGCUUGGCUUGAAGGAACUUCUUCAUUAUUUUCAGGCUGUGUUUGGAGUUAUGAAUAAAUAGCAGUGAUUUAUUAUGAGGAACCUGUGCAUUACCUCUCAUGUAUGCAGGAAAUAGGAUUUGGCCUCUGCAAGAAGAUUUGUGUUUAUUUUAAUUAUUUAUUUUUGUGUAGAAUAGUCAUUGACAGCCUUUUAAUAUCGUGGUCAUUCAUUUAUUCAUUCAUUCAUCAUGUUUGUUUGUUUUCUGUCUGUUUUGUAUUUAAAAGCCAUUGUGCUCUGUGCUUUUUUUUUUUUAAUAAUAGCAAGACAUUUGUCAUUUAUAUAUGGGUAUGGGUCACACUUUAGCAGAAUUUAAGAAAAAAUAUAUAAAAACCUGCACUCAGGGGCGAUAGUGAUGCCUUUUCAUUUAAAUCUCUUUGUUUACUACAUUUGCUUAAACAUUGUAGUGAUUCAACACAUGCAUUUGUUCAUUGUUAUAUUGAGGAGUUAAAUAUAAUUCUGACGUUAGUUUUUAAAUUAUGUAACUUAAACAAGAUUAAAUUUGCAUGGUUUUAUAUGUGAUCCUGCUUCAGAGUCGUUUUAGAGAACACAACUUUUAUGCUAUACUUUACGUUUAUUCACUUUUGUUUGUAUGUCUUUGUCAAUGUCACAUUUUUAAAUGUCCAGAAAAGGUAAUUUUAUUGCGUUGGCCAUUUUAAACAAUAAUACUGUCAAAAAACAGUGCAAAUAUAAAUUAACCCAACAAUACACAUUCACAAGGUAUGAAUAAAUUCUUAUCUUUAAUAAGUUUUGUUUUCUUUGUACAAGAACUGUUUUUCUCCUUUAAAGCAUUUGAUAUCCAUUGAGUUUAACAACAGAAGGAGUGCUUUUGCAUAACACUUGUUUCCUAUGUAUUUGAACUAAAGUUGUUAAUUUAUGAUAGACAUUCUAGGUUAACUAUGCUAUUUGAGGUAGUUGAAUGAGUGCAAUUUAGGUUCACCUUUCAAGUGUAGUUUUGUAUCCGUAAUGUUUUUUGCACAUGUUGAUGUGGUUGUUUCAUUCUUUUGAAUGGGAUUAAGUCUUAAAGCAAGCAUUCAUUCGUCCAAAAGGGGUUGGUUCUGCUUCUGUAUUGGCGGCAAGUAUAGCUAGUGACUGAUUUGAAUGUAAUUUCACACCAGCAAGCCCCAAUCAGUCUACUUGGAUUAUGAGUUUAACAUAAUGAAAAGUAUCCAGUAUAAAUGAGUGCCUUUAUAUUCGUCUGCUAUUGUGAUAACUGAUGCUAUGCCAGUUUUGAAAAGCAUUAAUUGUGAUGGUAUUUCAUAGUCUGGCAAUAAGUAAAGAUUGGGUAUUGUUGUAUCACAGAUAAUGAAUAUUUAAUUUUUCAAAACUUAGUUGGUGUUACAAAUUCUGCUAAUCCAGAAGCAACUAAAGGAUACAAUUUUGAGAAAAACAAAUUGGCGAUGAAAGAUUUGUCAAUGGUGCAAUAGAAAAGUCAUUUAUUUUCUUACCGUUUUUGAAUUGGAUUAUAAUUAUCAUAUAAUAAUAAUAAAUAAUUAUAAUAAUCGAAAACUACCCCCACUCCUUUUUUAUUACGUUGAGUGAUCGUUACCCUUUAUACAAAUAACGGUUUAGUUACAUUUUAUAGCCAGAAUCAAUAAAAGUACUUAUCGGUUUUGGCUAUGCAAUUCAGUCAUAUAUAAUUUUCCCUUAAAGCUCCCUAUUUAUUCUCCAUGUCAUACACAAUUGCGCUUUUAUACCUUUCCAAUGAGAUGUCAUGGUAUGCUUAAUUAAACAUGAAGCUUAGUGUUGUAUGUUUCUUCUGAAGUUUGGCAGCUAGUAUCUUUUUGUGUUGAUCAGGUUUUUGAUUGUUAUUUGUAAUAUAGGAAUAAUCCACUUAGGGAUCAAGGCAUGCUCUGUGUGAGUUUGAUUCAUCAUUUGCUCUGUUUGAUAUUUGUAUUAAAGUUUUCAAUUUUGUUCAAUUUUAAUGACUAAUAGAUGGUCAAUUAUGAACCUAAUAGAGUAAUGUUUUGUAAAUGCCAAGUUACAUUUAAUAGAACUGUCAUGUGGAUCUUUUCGAUUGUGUAAAAAUGCAAUGGAAUGCAUAGACCUUUUCUGUAUUUUUUUAAAUAAACCAUUUUAUGAGUGUACCAA